GGUUGGUCAUAGGAAUUGGAAAAUAGAAUCCGAUAAGUAUCACGCAUGGUAAAUUCGAUGACCUUGACCCGGCAACCGCUCUUUUAUUCCUAAACUUCUACUCUAAUUACAGAAAUACAGAACAGAAAAAUGGCUACCCUACAAAACAACCAACGCCGCUGUUACUGCCACUGCCGGUCAAGCAGCGUCCCUCCUUUCUCAUCGAGAGGGGAGGAAGAGCACGAGCACGUCGCCAGCACAAUUAGAACUCGCGACCUCGAGACGACCAUCUUCGACGAAGAACGUCGCCGCAAAAAACUCUUGGCCCUCAGAGACGCAUUCUCAAACAUCUCAGACAACUUCGGCAAGCGUGCGCUGCACUUCCAAAGCGUCCGUCAGAAUCCCACUCUCCGGGGAUUCUUCGAUACAGCGCGGGACUUCGACCAGGAGCUCUUGGACCUUAAGUUCCAACUUGCGGGGCCUAACCAGCUUUACUUCCUGCCGGAGGAAGACGCGGAGAACGCGAUACGCUGCAUUCGCCGGACUACCGCCGUGCUCCUAAGCGCUCGCUGGCAGAUCUGGAGAUGCGUCGAGCUCGCGGCGUUUCAUGCUGGUCGUGGGACUGGUGAGCCUCUGGUGUGGAGUGCGACGCUGAAGAAGUACGUUUAUCCUGGGAAGUUAGCUGCCGAGUUGGAAUAUCAAAUGUGCUGGGACAAGGCCCGCCCGUGGCUGGAAGGUCGUCUUGGGGAGCUGAGAAGGGAGGUCCCGCGCAUGAGGUGGAUUGUAGGCCGGCUCGAAGGCGGUAGAGAGCCCUCUUUCAUAAGGGAUUUGAAGGAGACUAGUCCUCACAGCAAGGCUUCGAAGACCUCAGCUCUACUACCAUGUCUUAACUCCGGUACUCGGUCGGGAAACCACCAAUACGAGAUGUCAGGCGGCCUAUCAACCGACAAAGCUCGCAAGACGCCAACAUGGAUCAACAACAUGAAGGUGCGGCUCGAAGGGCGUAUCGUCAACGACCCCACAGAAGUCGAUUUCAGCGCCAUCCCAGUCCGCAUUCGGUACCGGGAGCUUAAGGCUCGGGAGAAGCUGCAGGGUGGUGAGAAUCUGGAAGCGAUGAGGGAUGCGUGGGUGGCGUUCCGAGAUGAUCUGGAUAAGAGGGCGGGGGCUCCCUCGACGGAUGUGAUUCUCUUGCGGCAUAAGGUCGUUACGGAGGUGAUACUUUCGGAGCGCAGGCUGCAGCAGGCGCGGGAGCGGGGAGGUGGUGGAUCUAGGGAGGAUGGCAGAGCCUGAGUUGGUUUAAGGACCUAACUUCUAGGUUCUAUUGGGGGGCGGGGGGGUAAUAUGUAAAGCUCGGGUAUUGCGAAUUGCAAGAAGAUUUGAUAUGUCUUGAUGGAUUAUGUCGAACGCCAGUCUAUAGACGUCCACGAGUUUGCGAUGGAGGGAUUCUCUUAAGGAUGCAAGCUGUUUUCCCCGCGUUGAGUUAAGCAAGUAUCUUUGUUUUAUACCCUUUAUAGACGCUCCUAGUCUGCACGGGUAGUCUAGGAGGUUCCAAGUUGUUAGGCUUCGAGUCGCGAUGAAUAAAUUACUGCGAAAAUAGUAUACUACCAAGUUGAGAC